UGCCCCCCAUUGAUUGGUAGAAUCUUCGACCGUCAGAUCCUUAAGGACGACACUCACACUGUCGUCGGCUUCUGCAUCAAUGUCUUCCUCCAAAUUCUUCAUCUUCAUAGAUUGAAUUGCCGACUAAACUCAUAUAAUUUUCAUCUCCAAAAUCUGAUCUUUCUGCAGAGGAGGAGCCCAUCAAUGGCGCCCCUGCUUCUCCUCGCGCUUGCUCUGCUCUUUCCCUUGACUCAAGCCACGACCAUCAAGUACUGCGAUAACUCGGGGGACUAUGUCGUGAAGGUUAAUGAUGUCAGGAUAUCACCAAAUCCAGUGAUUGCAGGCAAACCUGCUUCCUUCGAUAUCUCAGCUUCUGCAGGUCGGGCACUCUCCGGCGGGAAGGUGGUGAUUCAUGUUAUAUACUUUGGGAUUCAAGUCCAUACCGAAACGCACGAUAUCUGCGACGAGGUAUCCUGUCCUAUCUCGAUGGGCGACUUUGUCCUCUCCCACACUGAAACCUUGCCUGUUUUCACACCACCGGGCACUUACACUCUGAGGAUAACGAUGGUGGACGCCAAUAAGGAGCAGCUGACCUGCAUCAGCUUCAAUUUCAAAAUCGGGUUCGGGCUGCAACUCGGGUCGCUAUUGUUUGCCAGUUAAAUGAUUAUGAGCUCAUCUCUCGUUUGAGGAUCCUUGCAUUUGGUGCAUUCCUCUGCGUACAUUGUUGCCGUCAGCAACCAUUCAAAUCCGUUGUAAACAAAGUUUCAAAUACCGAUCUCACGCAAACAGCAAGAGCCUUGAUGAAGCACUUAUCUAUCGUGAUGGACCAAACGGCAUUUCUCCAUUUGUGCUUCGAAUCUUUUAUUCGUACAUGAAGAACAUAGAUACUUUCUACAUGCUAUUGCCCUUAGGUAGGCUAGCAGAACAUCACUUGCCUUAGUCAUAUACCCAAUGGAUCAUUCUUCGCGGCCGCGUACUUUUUAGUUAGAUUUCAAUUUGAGUCACUUUGAUUCGUUAUGUUGUGAGAAUGUGAUGAAUAGAGGGAUACAUGGUGCAAUCA